UCCAACAAAAAACCGUGAACACAAAACAGUUUUAUCAUUUCGUCCAUGAAGAAAGUUACAAUGAAACUUCUGAAUAUCCUGUGUAUUAUCAACAUGGUGAUUUAUGUUAACUCUUUGACAUGUUUCGUAUGUGGAUCGGCCAAGGAGGAUUCUUGCAAAAAUUUCGACUUCUCAGUGAACUUGAUGAACUGUACGCAGAAAGAUUCAAAGUGUUUCUCGGUAACGUCACAAUUCAGACUCGAUGGAGAAAAACCUAUAGCUUACGAUAGAGGAUGUACCUCUGCUGAAAAUUUCUGUUCAGACUACAAGGAAGUGUAUGGUUCUAACAGAGUAACGAGCUGCGAGGAAUGCAUGGAUGCUGGCUGCAAUACUGCUUCUAUGUGAAUUCAGAUCCUGUGAAAUUCAGAGAUAUUUUUCAGGAAAAGAACAUAGACAAUACUUUCUCAUUUAGGCUACGACUGACAUAUGGAUAAAUUAGAGAUUUUGUUGGG